AGUAAACGACACGUUUCGUCAACAACAGUUCAAUCUUUAUUCCCCCACAACCCUUCCAAUUCCUCCGCAUUCCAGUUUCCAAUUCCUACUUCGGGCACCUGGAUACCCAUGAAAAGAAUGAUCCUUGGGUCAUAUUUCCGGAUUGUAGAAGGAAAAGCUUCGACCUUUAGGCGAAGUGGCUUCCAAAGUCACGAUAUUUAGCUAUGAGGUGGAGUUCAGCGAACAAAAGUGGUCUUUUUGGUUGAAUCCCCUAAGAGAAAGAGACGCAGCAGAUGAAGAAAGGGGAAUUUGGAGCCGUCAUCUCCUCAUUCUUGUGGAUUUGUUUGGUUUGCCAGAGGUGUGAGCUCUGUGAUUCCAUCAACGAUGAAGGGAGGGCCCUGCUGGCAUUCAAAGGAAGAGUAGAAGUUGAUCCUUAUGGUGCUUUGGCGAAUUGGGAUGAGGAAGAGGAUCACCCUUGCUCCUGGUUUGGGGUUCAGUGCUCCGCUGACGGAAGAGUCUUGGUUCUGUACUUGAAGGAUCUUUCUCUAGUGGGUACAUUAUCACCAGAUAUCUGCAAACUCAAACACUUGACUGCUUUAAUUUUACAUAACAAUUCCCUUUAUGGAGUUGUUCCUAUCAGCGUUGGGCAAUUACAAAAGCUGGAGGUACUGGAUUUAGGACACAAUAAAUUCAGUGGACUACUUCCACCCAAUCUUAGAGAUAUCUUGUCUCUCAAAAGACUCAUUCUAGGAAGCAACAAUUUUUCUGGUAAUUUAUCACCGGCAAUGCAUAAGUUCAGGAUUCUCUCAAGUCAGGAUGCUGUAGAAGCUCCGUCAUUGAACAGGGAAUUUCUUAGAACAUUGAGGGAUGUGACUCCAAGAAAGUGGAGGUCUGUAGCAGCAAAUUCUAAAGAACAUGCUCCUCAUAAAUCACCCCCCGAGGAUCCAGCAAAGCCUCCUCAACCACCUUAUUUUCCACCAGCUUCUCGAUUAUCUUCUCCUCCUCUGCCGGCUUCUAGCCAGCCCCAUUCAACUUCUCCUGUGGUUAUCUGUUUGUCGAUUGUAGGAUCAGUUUGUUUUCUGAUUGCUCUUUCUCUUAUAUAUUGGUAUUCCAACCGUUCCAAAAAGGUCACAUCGAUGCCCUUGAUGAUGGGGUUAACUGGUCUAUUGACAAAAGAACCAAUACCUCCUGUUAGAGAGCUCCUUGCAUUGGGACGAUUGGAUCUUGAAGCAGCUUGUGAGGGAUUCAACAAUAUUGUUGGAUCCUUUUCCGAUUUUACAUUAUACAAGGGAACACUUUCAAGUGGAGCUGAAGUAGCAGUUAUGUCCACUGUCAUCACAUCCACAAAAGAUUGGUCAGCUCAAGAUGAGGCUGAAUUUAGGAAGAAGGUAUCAGUGUUGUCCAAAUUCAAUCACAACAACUUCAUGAACCUUCUUGGCUAUUGCAAGGAAAAAGAACCAUUUACCAGGAUGUUGGCAUUUGAGUAUGCAUCAAAUGGGACGCUUUUUGAGCAUUUGCACAUUAAGGAAGUAGAGCAAUUGAACUGGAGUGCACGAUUACGCAUAGCUGCUGGAGUCGCAUACUGUCUCGAGCAAAUGAUAAAGCUUAACCCUCCUCUACUGACAAAUCUGAACUCUUCUUCCAUUUACCUUACUGAAGAUUAUGCAGCCAAGGUUUCUGAUCUAGAGUUCUGGAAUAUGCCACCGGAAGCAGACUCGACAUCUAAGUACUCGAGUAAAUGCAGCAUCGUCUAUAAGUUUGGGAUAGUUCUGCUGGAGAUCAUUUCGGGAAGGCUUCCCUACUCAGAAGACGAUGGCCUGCUUGUGCUCUGGGCUUCAAGCUACUUAAGAGGGAGUCGACCAAUCAAAGAUAUGAUAGAUGAAACCCUCGAAUCAGUGCCCGAGGAAGAUAUCAUCGGACUGACAGAGGUGAUCAAAUCCUGCAUAAAUGAUGACCCAGAGAAACAAGCUACUAUGACGGAAGUCGCUUCCCGUAUGAGGCUGAUCACAGGGAUUACACCAGAGGUAGCCAGUCCAAAGUUAUCACCAUUGUGGUGGGCAGAGAGUCAAAUUAUAUCUUCAGAAGUUUAGCUAGUGACAAAAUUUUCACAGCAAAUCUUCUUUUCUUUCUGUUAUCGCGAUCAACCUUUUCUUCGCCUUUCUUUGUAUUCAUUCGCAGGAGAAAAGGAAGUUGUUUGUGGCCUAUAAUUGGACAAACAUGACCAUGACGAUGAUUGUGGAGAGAAAUUGUGUUGAUUGUCAUCCUCGAGAGAACUUAAAUCUUGCAUUGUUGUAUAUAUUUGUGAUGAAAGUGGUCAUUUGUCCAGUGAAAGGAGGAACUCGAUUUAUAAUUUCCUUGAACAA